GCAGACCAUUCAGUGCAACACUGCGACACACAGCUCACCAGUUUUGGGUACUGCUGAAAAAUAGAACAAAAUGGCUCUGACAAACCCCAUGCCCAUGGGCCCUUGGAAGAUCACUGUGUAUGAUCAGGAGUACUUCCAGGGCAGGCGUAUGGAGUUCACUGCCUGCUGCCAGAACAUCAUGGAGUGUGGGAUGGAGAACAUCCGCUCCCUGAAGGUCGAGUGUGGCGCCUGGGUGGGCUACGAGCACUCCAGCUUCUGCGGUCAGCAGUUUGUCCUGGAGAAGGGAGACUACCCUCGCUUUGAGGCCUACAGUGGCAGCAACUCCUACCGCAUCGAGAGGAUGAUGUCCUUCAGGCCCAUCUGCAGUGCUAACCACAAGGACUCCCGCAUGAUUAUUUAUGAGAUGGAGAACAUGAUGGGUCGUCAGUUUGAGCUGUGCGAUGAUUACCCCUCUCUGCAGGGCAUGGGCUGGAUGAACAAUGAGGUUGGAUCCAUGCACAUUCAGAGUGGAGCCUUUGUGUGCUACCAGUACCCUGGAUACCGUGGCUACCAGUACAUCAUGGAGUGUGACUGUCGUGGAGGAGACUACAAGUGUUACAGGGAGUUUGGCUUCCACGCCCAAACCCCCCAGGUUCAGUCCAUCAGGAGGAUCCAGCACUGAGAUGGGAGUGGUUCUUUUACUCUUCCUCACGUCCUCUCUUACUCUUUCCUCUCCCUUCUUCUCCACCCCUUUUCCUCUUCCUCCUCUGCCCCACCCUCCAUCUUUCUGGCUCUGCUGGUCCAAUAGGUCAAAGCAGGAUCCCAAGCUGGUCUUCAGGUGCUCACUGGUGUCAGUUGUUAAAAGCACUUUUUGUUUUUUAAUGAAACAUUACAAAAAGAAAGGAAUAAUGUCAGAAAGACAGAAAAUAGGAAUGACCGAAAGUAAGAAAAUAUAACCAGCAUGAAUGAAAGGCUUCUGACGGGGUUUGCUGCAGAGCGGUGAAAAGGUUUUUGCUCUUUUUCAUCCCUACCUGUGAUGACAACAUCAUCUUCGUCAUCAUCAUCGCCGUCGCUGUCUUCUGCAUCAAUGCAACAGCCCGUGAUGCCUGUGAUAUCUAUGACUGCAUAUGUUCAAGACGAUGAAUAAAGAGAAUGAGCAAAGAAACAGAGAGAUUUUCUCUCAUUGACAUGAACCUCAA